AUGGCCAAGACCCCGAGCAAGAAGUCCGCCAAGGCCCCGAAGAAGACGGGCGAGAAGGGCAAGGCCAAGAAGGGCAAGCGCGUCGAGUCGUACUCGACGUACAUCUACAAGGUGCUCAAGCAGGUCCACCCCGAGACUGGUAUCUCCAAGCGUGGCAUGUCCAUCAUGAACUCGUUCAUCAACGACAUCUUCGAGCGCAUUGCGUCGGAAGCUGGCAAGCUCUCGCGCUACAACAAGAAGUCGACCUUGUCGUCGCGUGAGAUCCAGACCGCUGUCCGCCUCAUGCUCCCCGGCGAGCUCGCCAAGCACGCUGUCUCGGAGGGCACGAAGGCUGUGACCAAGUUCACGUCGUCGGCCUAAACUGCGCGACCUCUGCGCGAUGCGAUGCAUUGUGCAACUCUUCUUUUUCAUUUGGUGUUCAUCAACACCACCCUAUUUACAGGAAAUGUCAUCUCUUCUUUACACC